UCCUCCUGCGGCGUGAGGCCAGGGCCGCCUCCCAAGGGCUCGCAGGGACGGAGAGAGAAGCCGGGCGCGGGAAGGGGUUGACACAAAGAGGCCGGCCGCCAUGGGAGAGAGGCUGCGAGGCCAAGCAGCCGGCGCCUCCUCCUCCUCUCCUCCUCCUCCUCCUUCAGCAGCAGCAGCCGCGCCGGCGCUCCACAACGGCCUGCUCCUCCACAACGGCUUCCACCCGCUGCCCGGCUGCAAUGGAGAAGCCGCCCCGCACCCGCUGCUCUUCGGCUCCCCGCCGGCCAAGAAGGGCACCCGGCCCCGGCGGAGGGUGGACUCGGGGAGGAAGAACAGGCCGCCCUUCCCAUGGUUUGGCAUGGAUAUCGGUGGAACUCUUGUUAAACUGGUCUACUUUGAACCAAAAGACAUUACGGCUGAAGAGGAACAAGAGGAAGUGGAGAAUCUAAAAAGCAUUAGGAAGUACUUGACUUCCAAUACAGCCUAUGGUAAAACUGGGAUUCGAGAUGUCCACCUUGAACUGAAAAACUUGACUAUGUGUGGGCGUAAAGGGAACCUUCAUUUUAUCCGUUUUCCAAGCUGUGCUAUGCACAGAUUCAUACAGAUGGGUAGUGAAAAAAAUUUCUCAAGCUUGCACACCACGCUUUGUGCCACAGGAGGUGGAGCUUACAAGUUUGAGGAAGACUUUCGAAUGAUCGCUGACCUCCAGCUUCAUAAAUUAGAUGAGUUGGACUGUUUGAUCCAGGGUCUUCUCUAUGUGGAUUCUGUUGGUUUCAACGGCCAGCCGGAGUGCUAUUACUUUGAAAAUGCUGCUGAUCCUGAACAGUGUCAGAAGAAACCUUACUGCCUUGAUAAUCCGUUUCCUAUGCUGCUAGUGAAUAUAGGUUCUGGGGUCAGCAUCUUGGCAGUAUAUUCCAAGGACAACUACAAGAGAGUUACAGGGACCAGUCUUGGAGGUGGUACAUUCCUGGGCCUGUGUUGUUUGCUGACUGGCUGUGAGACCUUUGAAGAAGCUUUAGAAAUGGCAGCUAAAGGAGACAGCACCAAUGUUGAUAAACUGGUGAAGGAUAUUUAUGGCGGAGACUAUGAACGAUUUGGUCUUCAAGGAUCAGCUGUAGCAUCAAGCUUUGGAAACAUGAUGAGUAAAGAAAAGAGGGACUCCAUCAGUAAGGAAGACCUAGCAAGAGCGACAUUGGUUACCAUCACCAAUAAUAUUGGCUCCAUUGCUCGGAUGUGUGCUCUCAAUGAGAACAUCGACAGAGUGGUGUUCGUUGGAAACUUUUUGAGAAUCAACAUGGUUGCUAUGAAGGUACUAGCCUAUGCUAUGGACUAUUGGUCAAAGGGACAACUCAAAGCUCUCUUCUUGGAACACGAGGGUUAUUUUGGUGCUGUUGGGGCUCUUCUGGAAUUGCUGAAGAUGACAGAUCAUCAAUGAUUUUGGGCCCAAGAACUGUAGAAGCUGCUGCAAGAUGGACAGCUGCUAGGAGGAUGGGAAAGAAGCCAUGAUGGACAUUUUACAUGCUGGAUUUGUAAAUAAUAAUUUAAACGCCUUUUUUGCUGAUCUUUUAACUUUGGGUUGGAUGUUAACUUCAGAAUUUUUACCAGGAAUCUAAAAAGGCAUUUUUAUCUGUAUACAUUUUUUAAGGAAAAAAAUGUGCAAUGUGGCCAAAUGUGGCAGAUGUUUAUGGACGGUGUCUAAAGCAUGGAUACUGUGUGGGGAAAGGACCUAAGAUACAUGACACUGGUAUUAUUAUUAUUAUUAUUAUUAUUAUUAUUAUUUUCUUCUGGGGUUUACUGAUCUAGUGUGAUAAUUAUUCAUUUAGUAAUUGCUCUAGGAGAUUUUUAAAAAUCUUUCAUGACGUUUCAUGAUCGCUGUUGGUUUCAAAUGAAACUGCAAAACUGGCAUUUAGCGUGAACACUAAAGUAAUGAAUCUUGCUGCCUUCAUCUUUCAUUUGACUCUUUUUCCCAUCUUCCCCAAAGUGACUUCCUUUCUUUGACUAUCUAUGUUGGCAAUAAUAAAAUGUGCUGUCAGAUGUGCCAUCAAUUCUACUGAGAAUAAGGAGAAUACCUCAGGCUCUCUCAAUAUAACUCUCUUUCUGGAAAUUCCCAUGCUUGCAGUCCUGGAAACCUAUUCCUUAAAGCUCUGGAAAACUUGAUUUGUAGCACUCUGUGAUGAAUAUGUUUGAUUAUUGGCAGGGGAAAAGGCCUAAUUCCCAGAAACAGCAGAUGAGGGGCUGAACUUAUUCUUGCAUAAUUACAUUCUUCUCCAUAAAUGUGAACUAUUUGUCCCUUGCACAUGCCAACUUGCUAUUUGCAGGGACCCCCCCCCCCCUUUGUUUUUUAUGGAGUAGCAUUUAGUUAUGGGAGCCUCCACCAGCAAUCUGAAAUGGUACAAUCCAAAAAUAAGUUCACCACUUAAUACCCAGUUUAUGAGAAUUAAGUGUUAAAUCGGGUUUCAAUAUGAGAAAUACUUCAAAUGGAAGUAAUACAAGACAAAUGCAAUGCCAUAUGUUUGUUGUCUUUCGAAAUGUCGAACACGUCGGUGUCUAAUGUCGAGAGUUAAUGUAUGUUGAUUCUUAAAAAUUAAUAUUGGUCUUCACCACAAAAAAACGAUUAGCAGUAUAAAAAGUUCAUGUGAUAAGGGUGUAUAAAUACAUGCCAAAAAUAAAGUGUUCAAUUAGAAAUGAUGGAUUUUGCAAUGAAUGGUAUCCCUGACGGAUGUACUUUCUACACUGUUGACUGAUGUUGCAAAAACUGUUCUGCUGUCAUGUGCUGUACACAGUCCACUGGGGGACGGUGUAAGUUUAAAGAAGCAAAUGUUCUCUAAUGAAUUGGAUUGCUUUGUUUGGAAUACUCUGUGUGAUUCCUUUACCCUGAAACUUCUAAUAAAUUAAUGCAAAAAACUGUUCACUCACCUGGCUAAAAUAAAAGCCCAUUACUGUUGUGAUGGUUUCUUAAAGCUA